AUGCAAGACGGCCUUCAGCGAAUGGAACUCGAAGCUCGACAGCCCUCCAACCUUCCCACCACCGCGACCGCCGCCGAGCUCGACAACGCCCCUGCCACCCGCCAGGUCCCCUCGCUGCAACACGGACGCGAACCGUCCUUGUCUACCUACGUGAGCGGAAAGCCCGCUGCUGACAUCGCUGAUAUUGCCAAGCCGGCCGGGCGUGGCGCGUCUCCCGCUGCCAAUCAGCAAGCGCCGGCCGAAGGCUUCAAAGCGUUUGCCCAGGACAAAGACGGCGAUAUGGCGUCAAACUUUGAAGUGCCGUCUUUCUCGCCGUUCCCGCGCAUCAGCCAGGGGAAUGUCCCGCCGAGUGACGACGAGAAGGAGCGAAUCCUCUACAACGCGCGCCAGGAGGUGCUGAAGUCCAACAAUGUGGCCGUGCAGCUGGACUGGGCACUGGACGUACUGUCGUGGGUGGAAAUCUCCCAAGAGGCGCAUGCGCGCGAUAACAAGGACCAGGGCAAGCGGCCGCAGACCCCGCGGAUUGAACACGAACUGCGUCUCGACGCCAUCAACAUUGUGGAGUACCUGUCGUCCCAGAACCACCCACAAGCCCUCUUUUCUCGCUCGAAAUGGCUCGAAUUUGGAAAGUUCGGCUUCCGGCAAGACAGGAACGAGGCCUUCUUGGGUUACAUGAAUGCCGCAAGCAGGGGUUGGGGUCGUGCAGAGUACCGCAUGGGCAUGAUCUACGAAAACUCCAAUGACAUUAAGAAUGCCCUGCAGCAUUACAACCGCGGCCUGGAGAUGGAGGAUUCGGCCUCCUCCUACCGACUGGGCAUGAUGAACCUCCUCGGCCAGCACGGCCACACCAAGGAUUUCAGUACCGGACUCGAAAUGAUCCGGUCGGCGGCCGAUACAUCUGACGAAGAGUCCCCGCAAGGCGCCUACGUCUAUGGUAUGCUCAUCUCGCGCGAGCUUCCCGACAUUACCAUUCCCGAGGGCAUACUGCCAUUUGAUGUCGCCCAGGCGCGUCAAUACAUUGAAAAGUCGGCCUAUUUUGGGUUUGCCAAGGCUCAGCUGAAGAUGGGUCAGGCCUACGAGCUCUGCCAUCUUGGCUGCGAUUUCAACCCGGCCCUGUCACUCCACUAUUACGGCUUGGCUGCCCACCAGGGCCAGGCCGAAGCUGCGCUCGGCGUGAGCCGCUGGUUUCUCUUCGGCUAUGACGGUGUCUUCUUGAAGAAUGAACAGCUGGCGUUCAAGUAUGCCCAGCAGGCAGCCGACGCCAAGCUUGCCACGGGCGAGUUUGCCAUGGGAUACUACUACGAGAUUGGUAUCUUUGUGCAGAAGGAUUUGCGCGAUGCUCGCUCGUGGUAUGAGAGAGCGGCCGAGCAUGGGAACCAGGAUGCUAUCAACCGCCUUGAAGGCCUGAGCCAGGCAAAGACGCUCACGAAGCAGGACCACGAGACGACGGCGCUAACACGUAUCAAGUCGAAGCACGGAUCAAUGCGUGGCCAGCGGCCAGAGCGCUUCGGCAGCCGCCAGAAGGAUGUCGCCGCGGCGCUUCCCACGCUUGCCGAGUCCACGCCAAACCUCCCCUCCGAGUCUGCUCCGCCCAGCUCGUCCUCGCCCGACUACCGCCCCCCAUCAUCACACAAUAUCUCACCUGCGCAGCGACCAGUCCAAGACACGUCAGGCGCUGCUCGGCCUCCUGCCUUUUCUAUCAACAUCGACCAGAGCAGCGUGGCUAUCCGACCCAAGUCAACAGCACCAUACCCCGUGGAUGACAAGCCUGCACCUCUGAACCUCGCCCGACCAAAAUCAACAGCACCGUAUCCCGACGACGGGCCGGGUGGGCGGGCCCCACUCUCUCCCCACUACAACCCCCAGAUUCGUGCGAGCAACGGCCAGCAGGCUGCCGAUCGGCCGUUGAGUGCUUUCGGCAUCCGCCCCACAAGCAUGAACCCGCAGGGUGGGGCGCGCCCGCUUCCCGUGUCACAAGCAAGUGGUAACCUGGCUCCGGACCAGCGUCCCUUCUCAGUCAACAUCCCUGGAAGACCCCUGGACAAUGAUCCACGCGGCCGUGUCACAUCUGCUGGCUGGGAGCCGCAGAUUCCCACCGGGGGCUACCGCGGUACAAGCCCUAAUGCACCCCAGGGUCGGGCAGAUUACAACGAUUCGUACGAUUACGGACACCAACAGCAACACCCGCAACCCCCGCCCCAUCAGCAAGCUCCAGCCUCUGCCCGUCUCUCUGGCGGCAUGCCGCCACAAGCAUCGGACAACUCCCGUAACCGUUUGUCAAAGACAAACCCGAAUGCGAAUCCGUCUGCGUACGGCGCGGCACAGACAGGCAAUCCGGCCGCACAACCCGGCCGUGACUACGGCCCAAGGACAUCUAGCCGGCCAGUCUCCAAUGUCUACCCAGGUCCCAGUAAUGGUACACCCCGGCCCGACCGGAUUGACUCGCUGCCAUCGCAGGUGCAGGGCGGCCACGGCCACUAUCCCAGCGGUGGUGGCGGUAGUGGUCCCCAAAUGUACAAGAAUCGGCCACAGCUGGCAGAACAUGGCCGCCAAAGCGCACCUCCCGCCCAGAUGAGUGGUGGCGGUGGCAUGGGCCCAGGCCCAGGCGCAGCCACUCGCCCUGUGUCAACCGCACCUCCACCGCGCGUUUCAAGUGCCGCACCGCAAGCCGCCCCGGGGCAGGCUACGCGUCUUUCAGCUCCGGCUGCUGCGCAGGCGCCAAAGCCCGUCAAGCAGGGCCCAGCAACCUUCGAGGAGAUGGGUAUUCCUCAGGGCAAGGGCGACGACGACUGUGUUAUCAUGUGA